AUGGGGCCCUUUAUUAUCGGCAGUCAAAUGGCCACUUCACUAGCCAAAGCCGGACCGGCACAUAUCCUGAUUGCGUCUCGCACGCUCAGCCGAGUACAGCCAGUUCUAGACGAGAUCAUUCGCAUCGACAGCACCAUAAAGACGACCGCCAUUCAGGUCGAAUUAACCGACCACGCGUCCGUCCGACGCGCAGCAAACGAGAUCCUAGGCGCAACCCCCACGAUCGACGUCCUGAUCAACAGCGCCGGCAUCAUGGCCGUCAAAGACUACACCCUGGACAAGCAAGGAAUCGAGCUCCAACUAUCCGCCAACCACAUGGGCCACUUCCUCCUAACAAACCUCCUCGUUCCCGCGCUGGAAGCGACACCUGGCCGCGUGGUAAACCUCACCAGCUCAGGCUAUCUAAUCACGCCAUUCCGCUUCGACGACUAUAAUUUCUCUGACGGAGCAGUAUAUGACCUCUGGACCGGAUAUGGGCAGGCCAAGCUUGCCAACAUUCUAUUUGCAUGGGGCUUGACAAAGAGACUCCGCAGCCGGGGCAUCGUUGCCGCUGCGGCCCAUCCCGGCUAUAAUGGCGAUACCAGACUGGGAAGUCAUCUCACCUGGGACGACUAUGCUGGUAUCUUCCCGGCGUCUAAGCGCAACAUGGGGAAGGAGUUUGUGUUUGAGGAACCGAGGUUCAAGACGUACACGCAAAUUGCGGCGACGCCGUUGAUCGCGGCGUUGGAUCCGGAGGUGGAGAUUAAAGCGCCUGCCUUCUUGCAGAAUAGUGCAAUUACUGAGCCGGCGGAGCAUGCGUGCGACGAGAAGAGUGCAGAUAGGCUGUGGGAGUUGAGUGAGAGGUUGGUUGGUCAGGACUUUGAGUAUUAG